AUGGAUACUGCCAAGCUUGCACGCAUGCAAGCGGCUGCACGCCAGGGCAGCAAAGGCACACCACGAAGGAAGCAGCCCGUCAAGGCAAAGACGACAUCGGGAGAUGACAAGAAGCUACAAGCUGCGCUGAACAAGCUGCCCGUCCAGACGCUGGCGGGCAUCGAGGAAGUCAACAUGUUCAAAGACGACGACUCGGGCACCGUUCUCCAUUUUGCCCAGCCAAAAGUUCAUGCAUCCGCGCCAUCGAACACAUAUGCAAUCUACGGACACGGACAAGAGAAAGAUCUCACGGAUCUCUUGCCGGGCAUCUUGUCCCAGAUGGGCCCAGAAGCGCUCUCCAACCUCAACUCGCUCGCAAGAAGCUAUCAGGGCAUCCAGAGCGGUCUGGGUGCUGCCUCAGAGGACGAUGUACCGGAUCUCGAGCCGGCUGGCGUUGACUCUGGAUCGAGACUCGAAGAGGUCAACUAG